UGGACUCGAGCAUCUUUUCUCAUCCCACAACUCAACAACCCAUCCCAUUCACUUCCCUGACCUCUCUGUCCGAGUUCCUCUGAUCUGGUAGACAACAAUGAUCUCUACCUCCUGCAAUCGAUUGUCCUAUUUGGCUCGGCGAUCCUUGGUGUCCGCCGCGUCCACGACAACCGUACCGACAUGUGCAUCUCGUCGGCUUGUUUCCAGUUGUCUUUGGAGGUCCUCUGCAGCUGUGACCAGCCCAUCAUCACCCACGACAGCAAGCAUUCCAAUACAUCAUGUAAUAGUUCGAGGGAAGAAGAAAUCUGCCAAAAUGGGCAAGCAUUUGGAGACGUUGAAUGACAUGGCUCAUACCCAAGAGCGAGAACAAGCUCAAGAACGACGUCAAAAAAAGAAGGACCGCAAACAACUCAAAAAACAAAAGGGCAAGGCAGUUGAGAACACAAAGGCGGAAUCAUCGGAGUCGACAGAGGACGAUUGGGAUGACGAUGACGACGACGACAAUGAAGAGGACGAAGUGGAACUACCCGAUCCUUCUGAAAUCAAGGAGAAAAUGCUGAACAUUGUCAAUUCCUUUGAAGAAUCUCUCAAAUCCAUUCGAGGCGCCGAACCCACCCCCGACCUCUUUGAUGACAUUAUGGUUCAUGCCUAUGAUUCGGAAACUCCACUCAAGGCUGUCGCACAAGUGGUGAUUACAUCUCCCACCAUGGCCAGUGUGACCUGCUUUGACCCGUCGCUAGUCAAGGAAGUCCGCAAUGCCAUUCAAGUCCAAUUGAGUUUGAAUCCACAAAGUGACGAAAGUGGAGGAGACGCCGGGGUACUCAAAGUACCACUGCCAAAGGUAUCCUUGGAAGUGCGACAAAAAACAGCGCAACAAUUGAACAAAAAAGCGGAAAACUUUCGAUUACGGAUUCGUCGCGUACGACGUCGGUACAAUUCCAUCAUCAAACAGGGAAAGGAUGGAAAGUUGGAACACAUUUCCAAAGACGAUGUAUUUCGUGUGGCCAAGGAAAUUGAUGAUGUGACCGAUGCAACCAUUCAAAAGUUGAAUGAUGUGGCCGAUGCCAAGCAUGCCACCAUUAUGGAUGUGUAGUAGUUGCUAGCUAGUCUAGUAAUUAUGGAUUUGCUGAUUUGCUCCUAUACGUUUGAACUACCGUAGCUUGCUGGUCAUCUUCUGAGCACCCAGGGAGACACAUGAGCGCUUAGGCAAGGUACCAGCUGCCGCAUACGAUUGGUCAAUCCAAAACUGUUGUACGAAGGCAUCAAUAACUUGGCCAUUGCAUCGGACAUAAUGCAUACAUAAUCCCUAAAAAAAUACUAUGGCGAAUUGGAGAGCAUCUUGUGUCUGAUUGAUGGAUAAUAGAUAGAU